UGAGAUAAAAGCAAGGAGUAGAAGACCAAGUUGUAAUUCUCUUUUCUGACUACUUACAGGCGCUCAAGUACUGUCGCUAUUGGAGACGCCAAACAAGCCGCGAGGCAGCUGGAAGGUACUUUCACCCUCCAAGGCACGCUAAAGAAAUUAUAAACUAGUCGUGACGUUAUUUUCCACACUUGAACUUUUCGCUGAAUGUUAUGUAUUAAGGAUCUAUAGAAUUCGCCGUGCAGAUGAUAAAUGCUAAACUGCCUGUAAUCCGAGAUGUCAUAAAAAUACAUUCAAAUUCUGCUUGCAUUUGUCCUACAUUGGGCAAACACUACAAAGAGGUGAUGUAUUUUGAAUUCUGAAAUAAGAGGGACGCUGUCGCAGUACAACGGGUAUUCGCAGUCGGCCUGAGGCACAGAGACCUGUAACAACUGCCACCACAGCAGCCUGCUGAAGUUUCUUUUGCACUAUGAGCACCAGACAGAAAGUUGUUUUGAGAAGGGCGACUUCAGCUGGGUACAGGUUGCCUCUGCCCGAUGGGCCAAACAGGGAUCUGGCGUCUACAUCUUCCCCAUCUAUCGGGAAACCGCCGAAAAGAUAUAGGGGUGCUGGGCAAGCACAGGGAGAAUCCGCCCUGCGGAAGGACCUGGAUGCGUGGGAUGCUGUGAAAGAGGAUGAGGUGUGGCGAGAGUUUGUCCGUGCCGAACUGCAAAGAGCUAAACGAUGGCAAGAAAACUGGAGUUUUUUGAAAGACUACGACUCCAUGGGAAAACCAAAAGUACAGAAAACCUUACCAGAGUAUGUACCUAUCUAUUCUGAUAAAAUUCCAAAUACCAUGAAUCAGAAUUUUGGAAGACAGAUUAAUACUCCAAUUGGCCAAAAACUCAUAUUGAUGGAUCGUCUUCUGACUGGAUCAAAACAAAAGAAGAAACUUGGGAAUGAGCUACAGGCAUGUUAGCGUAUCAUAACCAUAAAUGGAUUUUUAUACAAUUUACUUAUUGUAUUUUUUUAGUUGUAUAUAAUAAUACUGAAUUAUAAUAUAAUCCAAUUUUAUUAUGGCAUGCUGCUAUCUUAGAUAUUUUAGUUAUGACAUUAAUGUGAUCACAGUAUCUAGAAGACUAGUGACUGAUUCAAAGAUCUUCCCAAUGUAUAGUGUGCAUCUUCAAGUAAAUCACAUAAGCACUUUAGUACUAUGACAUCACUCCUUAAAAUAGAUGCUUUUACUUACUGAGCUUUCCUUGGUCACCAAAAAUACUCUCUGUUUACAUGACUUUACCUGCUUGGAAACACCUAUUUAGAGAGUACCUGAAAAUUUGCAACAUUCAUGAGAUUUUUUGAAAUCUAAAAGUGAAGGAUGUAAACAUUUUGUGGCAGUUAAUUUUGCUUUAAAACAUAGAAAGUUUAAAGUAAAAAUUAAGUCCUAAAUUAGAUUAUAAAUAUUGUUACUGUGAGUGCUGACUUGUGACUUGUGAUCAGUGGAGAGUAGCAGUAUGGCUUGGAACUGAAAUGCACAUAGUCUUUCAUCUGUUUCUAGUUAAUAAUCUUCUACUGUGUACAUUUUCAACCUCAAAUAAACAUUUUAUUUCACCA